AUGUUCGUACUUCCAUGCUCGACGGGUCAGCGACUUGCAGCUUCUCCAUUGCGGUCCGGCACUACUCAUCAAUGGCAGGCUCUUCGUAUCACCUCAUUGCAACAGCAAUGGAGCACACCAAUUCCUCACGCGAGGUCUUUACAAACAGAGGCUACACAAGUUAGCCAUGUGCCUUUUCGCAAGCAGUUGAAAGACGAGGCGAAGAGAAAGCGGGAUGCUCAGAGACUUGAUGCCGUACGGGGGAAUACUCAGGACACCUGCAAGAAUAGCAAUGAUUCGAGUUCGAAGAAAUGGAAGUUGACCGUGGGCCUUGAGGUACAUGCACAGCUCAAUACUGAGCGCAAGUUGUUCUCAGAUGCAAUGACAUCUGAGGAUUGCGCGCCGAACGCCCAUGUUGCCGUCUUUGAUCUCGCUUUUCCUGGAACCCAGCCAGAAUUUCAAAAAGCUACCCUCCUCCCAGCCCUGCGUGCUGCUCUAAGUCUCGAUUGUGAGAUUCGUCAGAGGAGCCAGUUUGAUCGCAAGCACUAUUAUUAUCAAGAUCAGCCUGCAGGCUACCAGAUUACACAAUACUAUUCGCCUUUUGCAGUGAGCGGAAAUGUCCAUGUCUACGAUCAUGAUGGCAUUGCGCCUGAGGAUGGAAGAAUCGUCAACCUUGCCAUCAAGCAGAUUCAGAUGGAGCAAGACACAGCGAAAUCAAAUCUACAGCCACCCUCAACUACUCUGCUGGACUUCAAUCGUGUCGGACAUCCUCUGAUCGAAAUCAUCACUCAUCCUCAAAUCCAUCACCCUCAGACUGCGGCAGCCUGCGUCAGAAAGAUACAGUCCAUCCUACAAGCUGUGAAUGCUGUCACAAAAGGUAUGGAACUGGGAGGGUUGAGAGCCGACGUCAAUGUCUCCGUAAGCCCUCAAGGUAGCGAAGCGCUGGGCCAGCGCACCGAGAUCAAGAAUCUGAACAGCUUCAAGGCUGUUGAGCAUGCCAUCACUGCAGAGAGAGAUCGGCAAAUUGCAAUACUGGAGUCUGGUGGAUCCGUAGAGGGGGAGACUCGUGGAUGGACGCUGGGAAGUACCGAGACCGAGAAGCUUCGUGGGAAAGAGGGCGAAGUGGAUUAUCGGUACAUGCCAGAUCCGGACAUAGCACCGCUCAUUAUUGACCAAGAUCUCAUCGAUCACAUUGAGAGGACUCUUCCCAAGCGUCCAGACGAGAUAAUCGCAGAUCUUAUGACCGUCUGCGAGCUGACUAUGAAGGAUGCAAAAUCCUUGAUGUCCCUCGACAAUGGUGAGCGGUUAGACUAUUUCGACACUGUGAGGACAAUGUGGGCCUCCGAAAAGAACGAUCCCAUCUCAGCUCCGCGUCUCUCCAAAAUUGUUGGAAAUUGGGUCCUUCACGAACUUGGUAGUCUUCUCAAUGCAGCCAAUGUUCCCUUUUCCCCAACAAUCGUUCCACCUAGGUCUAUGGUUUCCAUUCUCCAGAAUUUGGAUGAGGAAAAGAUUACGGGAAGUACAGCGAAAAGACUCCUUGCAAUGUCAUUUGACGGCGACGAACGAGACGUAAACACGAUCAUCGACCAAGCCAAUUUGAGCCUGCGACGUCUGUCCCGGGAGGAAUACAUCAUGAUGGCGCAAGCUUUGCUUGACAAGGAUCCUAAGAAAGUUGAACAGAUUCAAAAGGGGAAGCAGCUUGGGAAGCUCAAGUUCUUCGUCGGACAGAUGAUGCGCCAGGGGUCAGGGACAAUAGAAGCUCAAAAGGCCGAAGCCGUGCUCAAGGAGCUUUUGGGUCUCCAGUAA